AUGAUCAAGAACCCGUUAUUGGUUUUCACUUUGAUUGGAGUUUUUGUGGGAAUCUUGGUUGGUGGACUCUUGAGAAACGCAAAUCUUUCUCAAGAUGCCGUUAGAUAUCUCGGAUUUCCUGGCGAAAUUUUCAUGAAUAUGUUGAAGGCGAUGGUUUUGCCGUUGAUUGCGGCAAGUAUAAUUUCCGGGUUAGCACAACUCGAUGGGAAGACUUCGGGGAAACUUGGAUCGCGGGCAGUGUUGUAUUAUGUGAUCACCACAUCUCAUGCAGUUAUCGUAAGUUCUUGCAUCCAGUAUCUAGAAUUUAUUUUCUAUCUAUGUAGCUUGGAAUCCUUGUCGUCACCAUAAUCCACCCAGGCGACCCCACUAUCAAAGCCAACUUAGGGACCACUGACACCAAAAUAGCCAAUGUCCCAGCUAUCCAAAAAUUCCUCGAUUUGUUCCGCAACGCGUUUCCCGAAAACAUAUUUCAUGCAACUUUUGCGCAAGUUCAAACUGGAACUGCUGGAAAUGUGCUGAAAACUGAAUAUGUCAAUGGGAUGAAUGUUUUGGGUAAGCUGGGUAAGCAACGUUCUCAAAGUGAUCUCGAAAUUUUAGGAAUAAUUGUGUUCUGUAUUGUGAUGGGAGUUGUGAUUUCAAAAGUUGGAGAUGACGCAAAACCUCUCAUGGAAAUUUUCCGCGCGCUGGACAUUGUUAUCACUAAAAUAGUUAUACUUAUUAUGUGGUAGGUAGUUUUUUAGGCCGCUCCGUGAGUUAACCCCCCUUCCAGAAAAAUUUUAACCCCCCCCCCUAACCAACUUUUUGUGGGGGGGGCGUUAAGGGUCCUACCUCCACAGUUAAGGGCCCUACCCCAACAGUUAAGGGGUCUACCCCAACAGUUAAGGGUCCUACCCCAACAGUUAAGGGUCCUACCCCAACAGUUAAGGGGUCUACCCCAACAGUUAAGGGUCCUACCCCAACAGUUAAGGGGUCUACCCCAACAGUUAAGGGUCCUACCCCAACAGUUAAGGGGUCUACCCCAACAGUUAAGGGUCCUACCCCAACAGUUAAGGGGUCUACCCCAACAGUUAAGGGCCCUACGUUCACAGUUAAGGGCCCUACUUCAACAGUUAAGGGCCCUACCUUCACAAUUAAGGGCCCUACCUCCACAGUUAAGGGGUCUACCCCAACAGUUAAGGGCCCUACCUCCACAGUUAAGGGCCCUACCUCCACAGUUAAGGGCCCUACCUCUACAGUUAAGGGCACUACCUCCAAUGCACCUAAAGUUAACCCCCAUUCCUCCGAAUUUGGAGUCUAUGUAUAGGCUUUACCAAAUUUCAAGGCUAAUUUCUAGGCUUGGCCCGAUUGGUAUCCCCUCUCUAAUCAUUCGAAAAAUGUUAGAAGUCACCAACCUCCUUCAAACUGCAAAAAUGCUUGGAUUAUUCAUGUUCACAGUGAUUUUGGGCCUAGCAAUUCAAUGUUUUAUAACACUUCCACUAAUCUUCUUCAUCGGAACUCGAAAAAACCCCUACACAUUUUUACGAGGACUUGGUCAAGCAAUAUUAACAGCAUUAGGAACAUCAUCAUCAGCUGCAUCUUUACCAGUAACAUUUAGAUGUUUAAAUAAUCUUGGAAUUGAUCCAAGAGUAACUAAAUUUGUAUUACCAGUUGGUGCAAUGGUUAAUAUGGAUGGAACUGCAUUAUAUGAAGCUACUGCAUCGAUUUUUAUUGCACAAAUGAAUGGAAUGAAUUUAUCGAUUGGUCAAAUUAUAACAGUUAGUAUAACUGCUACAUUAGCAUCUAUUGGAGCAGCUUCUAUUCCUUCAGCUGGUUUGGUUACGAUGCUGAUUGUUUUGACAGCUUUAGGACUUCCAGCAUCAGAUAUUUCAGUGUUAUUUACAAUUGAUUGGUUUCUGUGAGUCCUUGGAGCCAAGGUUUGGCUGCCAAAACUUGGAGUUUUUAUUUUAUUUUGGUAAAUGUUUACAGAGGCCGCCUGCGAACCGCUGUAAAUAUAAUUGGUGAUUCAUUUGGUUGUGGAUUUGUUCACUACAUUUGCAAAGAUCACCUAGAAUCCAAUGAUGAAGAACAAAAAGCUUAA